AUGAACCAAAAUCUCCUCAACACAGUUUCAUCAAAAUCGUUUCUUCUUGUCUCUACAACGAUCUUCAUUUUUCUUCAAUUGGUUUCGUUCUUUCUUGAACUUCUGGGACUUGCUGUGAUUUCUAGAAGCUUACAGAUUCGUGAACACCGAAGUAUCGAAAUAUUAAUUGCUUUGGUUGCUGACUUGUGGAGUUCUGCGCUGCAUUGUUGUGUAGCUCUUGCUCAUUAUUUGCGCUGUUACUGUUGUUGUUCUCGUUCUAUUCUCUUGACUGUAUUUCACGUAUCUGCUUCAUCGAUCUGGUUUGCACAUUUUAUGACCUCAUACCCUAAUUCUGCGGGUUUGAUUUUCAUUGACGAAUCGCUUGAACUCAAACUGUGUAUAAUAAACAUUUGA